CUCGUGAUGAAAAGCCGGAUGUAUGUUUGUGCGCAAACAAAGUAUUGUGUUGCAGACUCACAGAUAUAUAAUCAGAGUCUGCUCAGACAUAUCUUAAAUCGCAGCAUAAAUAUCGAAGUGAAAAUGUUCGCUUCGUUUGCAUUAUUCGUGGUGUUUCUGGGUUCUGCCACUGGGGCUGAAGAUUGUAACCCAAAAGCAGUGAUCAAGACAUGGCAAACGCAUUCACCUUGCGCUCGUCGUGAAGGACUUGGUGUUCGUAUUGGUCAUGGCUACAACAUUAACUUACCUCAUGCCAAUGGCGACUUUGCCGUACUAGGAAUUGAUCCUAUUGAUAUACGAAAAGGAGUUAUCAUGCAAGGACCAGGCGAGUGUCAUUGCACGCAAAGCUUCUGCCUUACUCCCGAACAGAGCGAGCGUCUUUUUCAAAUCAAUGUCGAUCGCGCUCAGAAGCAGAUUUUAAGCUUAAUCCGUUCAAUUUCAAGCCCGAUGCCGUGUUGCGAUAUUCAGAACUCACUUACAGCACUCACCUUCACGUUUGGAAUCGAUUUCAUUAAACGUGUUCCCGAUGCGUUAUCUCACAUCAACAAUGGUCAGUGGCAGAAACUCGGUACAGCGCUUCUCAUGCAAAAUUGGUGCACCGUGACAGAUCAUUGUAGUCCUUUAGCAGAAAGAAUCAUGAACGGUUGUAGUGACGUUGCAGAUAACCUUGGGUGUUCUCCACCAACACCAAAAGCUUGUGAUCCGGCUGGACAAUACUGUUGUGCCGCUAACAAUACUUGUUGUCGAUAUUCAGGUAGGUAAAAAGUGGCAUAUAAAUGUCAACAUGACUCAGAUUUAAACCAUUUGCACAUUGAUUAUCUAAUGCCUGGUUAAAUAACUAUACUUGUACGAGAAUGUUUCUAACUUUCAUUCAACCAGCAUGCACUAUAUGGACGAAAAUAUCAAAUGACGAACAAUAGUAAGUUCAAAUAGACGUCUCACGAUACAGAAUGUUAGCCUUCAGCAGUCCUUCACCAGUUUUCCCCCCACAUACGAAGCUAAAAUGAACAAGUUUGAACAAAACAUUUGUGACUGGCUUUGGAAAAUUUAUAGUUUAUCGUGUUUCGUGAUUAUCAUCAGUCAGUCACAUGUACAGAACCUUUUCCUAUAAUAGCCAUGCAUCGUGAUGGCCAACCAACAGUACAGUAUAAAACGAGGUUAAAUAUUAACAAACUAUACUGGUAUCACAGUCUCCUGAACUAAUCAAUUUUAUUCAUUUGACUUAGUUUCCCAAUCCAUACGUAAUCAGGCGUAUUGGUGUUGUCCGUUGAAUGGUGCUGUAUGUUGCUUAUCCAGCAAUAGUUGUUGUCCGAAACAAUAUCCUGUAUGCUGUGGGAAUACCAACUCUUGUUGUUUAGUGAAAUAUCCAGUAUGCUGUUUCCCCGGAACGUCUCAAGCCUAUUGCUGUGCUGCGUCUUCACCUGUUUGUCUUGGAGCACGACAUUGUGGCUCCUUGGAUCCAAAUGUCAAACCAGUGUUGGGAAAAGUAAACAAAGCCAAUCAACAUCAACCAGAAAUCGUUCACUGAAUGUGAAAGCUGAACGUGAAUAUAAGGAUGAUUUUUUAUUGAUAAUAUAUUGAUUAAGAUUGUAAUUUUACGCAGGCAAUACAAGUAGAAAAUAACGGAUAUAUAAUA